AACAAUUAUGUAUUAAAAAUAUAAUUAUAAUUAAAAAUUUUGAAAGAUAUCAUGAGCAUGAUAAAGAUACAGUUUAUAAACCGACAUAUAAUAUUGAAAAAGACACAAUUGAAAUUUUAUUUAAGAAUGAGUUAUCACCAGGAAAUUACACCUUAAAUAUAAAAUAUUUUGGUAUUGCUGAUAAAGUCUUUAGAAUUUUCGAUGUGAAAGAAGAAUCUACUUGGGUAGGUGGUGUGCAUUUCCUGAUAAUAGACGUCCUACCAUUUUCUGAAUAUUAUUCAUGUUUGCAUCCACAUGAACUAUGGUUAAAAGCAACCUUUAACAUAUCUGUAGGAUGUAAUCAAUGCACGGUUAUGACAAAUAUGCCAUUGCAAAAUAUAGAAGUAGAUGAGAACAAUAUGGAAUGGAAGCACUACAAUACCACACCUCUAAUGCGGACUGAUCACGCAACAAUAAUUGUGUCUAAUUACCUAAUCCCUAGUGAUAUAAAAACUCGCAAUAUUGAAAAGCGGUGCGGUCAUGGAUUGAACAUAGAAACUGGGAAAAUUACAGAUCAAAAUAUUAUGUACAUAUCCUGUCUUGAUAGCAAAAUUCAAAACAUUACAAUAUGGUGCAGAAACGAAUUGCAAUUUUACAUGGAAUAUACAGAAAAUGUAAUUAAAAAUAUCACGUUGUUUCUAAAUAAUAAUUGGAAACAUUCGAACAUUAUUUCGAAAGUGGAUCAUGUUGCAAUUCCAAAUUUCCAUGACAAAGGCACAAUAGUUUUCGGACUUGUUUUUUAUAAGGAAACCGAUAUCAUCUACGAUAAAAAUGUAUAUCCUGUUGCUCACAAAAUCGAAGUAGCUCAAUUAGUAGGACGUAAAGUGACACAACAAUGGUUUAAUAACAUGAUGAACAAUCCGUUAGUGUCGGAUUUUUGGUUUAAAGACGGUCUUAUUACAUUGCUUGCAACGUAUUCUGUCAAUAAGAUUUAUUCUGAUGACAGAAUAAUAAAUUUAUUUGUAGUUCAAGAUCAACAUUACUGUUUUAAUUUGAAUGGUUUUUAUAUGUGGCCUUCUACUUCACAAGAUGACAGUUUAUUGAAAAUUCGCAAAUCUAUCACAGCACCUUUUAUAUUGCGCAUGUUGCAACACGUCCUCACCGAAGAAACAUUUUGGAAAUUCAUUCGCUCAUAUAUAAAUAGCACUAUUGGGAUUAAUUUUUGGGAUAAAAUUGUUGCUGGUGCAGACGAACCAUAUACAGCUGUAAAAAUAAUCAAUUAUUGGCAUAUAGAAAUGUAUUGUCCUAUCAUAGAAAUAACACAAAAUUAUAUUAAGAACGAAGCAAAUGUAUCCAUUCAAAAUAUCGACAAAUUAAAAAUUGAUUGCCUUCCUGUAACUUUUACUACGCAAACGUCUUUGGAUUUUAACAAUUUUACUCAUCAUAUGGUAUGCAAGGAAAAAGAUUGGAAAUUAUCAUUACCAUUUAAUGAGAAUGGUUGGAUAAUAUUUAAUAUACAACAAAUUGGAUAUUAUCGCGUUAACUAUGAUGAAGAGAAUUGGCAAAGAAUUACAAAUUAUCUACACUCCCAUAAUUACAAGAAAAUUCAUGUUCUUAAUCGUGCCCAAAUUAUCGACGAUGCAUUUAAUUUAAUGAUAGCAGGCCAUCUCCGUUCCUAUAUAUUUUGGAACAUCACAUCGUAUUUGCAUCAAGAAGAAGAUUAUAUAGCAUGGUAUCCUAUGUUUAAAGCUCUGGAAUAUAUAUGUAGUUCUUUUCCAGUGUUGAAAGAAGAAACUAGAUAUUAUACGUCAAGAGUAAAGCACUCAUUACACAAGCUACUUGAAAGAAUCAAAUAUGAAGAAAUUGAUGAUAGAGACGAUUUUAGAACAUGUUUACGACAAGAAGCUGCAAAAUGGGCAUGUCUUCUUGAUGACAUCACUUGUAAGAAAGAAGCCAACAAUAAAUUAGAACAACAUCUCCAAGAUCUUGAAAAACACAAGGUUUUGCCAUGGUGGAAGGAAUGGACAUAUUGUAAAGGUUUGAUGAUAAAUACCAACAAAAUGACUUGGGAAUCAGUGUAUGCUAUAGGUGUUGCAAAAAAUGACACUAAAUUUUUAGAAUACUUGGCUUGCACUGAAGAUGCUGAUAUGAUUAAAAACUAUUUAAGAUAUAAAUCUAAUUUUGAAAAGAAAAUCAAUAUCUUCUUAACAGUUUCUUAUAUAUUAUUACGAAGCAUGCGAAUAAUCAAAUUAUCCUAAAGGACAUAUUCGAUAAUUUUUUUUUUAACAUAAGACCAAAACAUGUUCAUGUGACUGCAGCAUUAAUUAUUGUUAUUAAUAAUGUAUAUUCCAUAAAUCUUCUAACUGAGGAAAUAAACGAUUACGUUAAAAAGUUGCAGAUCGAAGAAUUCAUUGAUAAAAUAAAAGUAGAGGAUUCCAUAAUACUGAAAUCUGACAAAAUUGAAAGCAAGAUAUCAAUUCGCAAAUAUCAAAUUGAAAGACAAAGACAGUAUUAUAAUAGGUUUUUCUUGCAUUGGAAAUAGAAAAAUUGCAGCUUUGCAUGCGGGGAUAUACUUCAUAUGAAUAAUAUUUUAUAUUGUAUGUAUUAUUUAUUUUACUGCUUUAAUUAUUUAUUUAGAUGUAAUACUAUUCGAUGCCUCUGUAUUUACUAAACUUCAUGACUUUAUGUAUCAAAAACUUUUCAU